AUGAUCUAUUAUCUAGUCAUUAUUUUGAUUUUAGUGGAAUCAUAUACAGUAUUAACAAUUAAUAAUGUAUUAACUAAUUUUGAAGAAAAUAUUCUUUAUAAACAUAUUAAAACAAAAACUAAUUUGAAUUUAUUUUAUCGAAAAUUUAUUGAAUCAAAUAGUAUAGAUAAUUUGAAAGUGAUACAAAAUAUUCAUCAUAAAAACGAUAUUCAAGAUUUGAAUAUAGAACAUAAAUGUUUUAAAUCAAUAAAUGAUCUGUUCAAUGUCUUCAAUAUUCAACCAGAUAGUAUAAAUGGAAGUUUAACUGACGUUGAUAUCCAACGAUUAUUACCUGCGCUAGUUUAUGCUAAAUUCAAUUCUGACUGUCGCAAAUCAAAAGGACAUGGAACAUGGAAAAACAUUUUGAUCGGAGUGAUUGCUGUUACUUUUAUUAACUGCUCAGCAUUGACCGGUGCUUUUAUUUUACCAUUUCGAAAAAAAUCUGCUUUUAAAUGGAUUCUUAGUGCUUUUAUUGGUUUAGCUGUGGGUACACUAACAGGAUCAGGGAUAUUCCAUUUAGUGCCUAUGGCAUUUAACAUUCCAAAACUUGAUAUUUAUCAUUGCUAUCUUAAUAAAGCUCUUCUUACAAUGAUUACAAUUUAUAUAUUUUAUAUACGUGAUCAACUAUCAAGAAUUUUCUUAAAUAUUGAAACAAUAAUAUGUACACAUAGUCAUGACGAUGAUGGAAUAUCAUUAGAAUCAAGUGAUAUAAAUAAAUUUAUUUCAUCUAGUACUCAAAAAUCAACUGAUAAAAGUUCUAAAGGCACCGUUCCAAAUAAACAUCUCGAUAAUUUAAUAAAAAAUUUAAAAGCAAUGAAAGCAGCUGGAUGGAUGAUUUUUAUUGGAGAUAUGUUACAUAAUUUUAUUGAUGGUUUAACAUUAGGUGCAGCUUUUAUGGUAUCGAUUGGUGAGGGUCUUCGAAUGACAUUACCAAUAGCAUGUGAAGAAUUUCCACAUGAACUUGGUGAUCUUGCUGUUUUACUUAGUAGUGGUUUAAGUAUUGGACAAGCAAUUGCAGUCAAUUUUCUAUCAGCUUGCAGUUGUUAUCUUGGUUUUUUUAUUGGGGCAAAAUUAGGAGAAUUGGAAGAAUUUCAUCCAUGGAUAUAUGCUUUAGCUGGUGGAAUGUUUGUGUAUAUUGGACUUGCAGAUAUGAUACCAGAACUUGUUUCAAUGGGUGAUGCGAUCGAAAAAGAUUAUAUUGACUCGAGAAAAUCGAUAACAAUUUUUUUUAAACUUAAAAUAUUAUUAUGUCAAAAUAGUGGUGUUAUUCUUGGUGUUACUAUUAUGUUUCUACUUGGAAAAUAUGGUACACAUUUAGAAAAUCUCAUUCAAUUCUAG